GUAAAAGGUAUCCACUCCUCAUACUAGGGCUGCUAGGGAGCUCGGUACGUGCGCUACUUGUGGCUUCGACUCUUUAUCUUGCGCCCGCUUUCGCUCAACGAGCUUCCUCUUCUCUUCUUCUUACUCUUCCAUCUCUCGAUCAUUCCAUCCUUUUCCCAUCAUCAAUCAACAGUUCGUCCUCAUCACAUAUCAUCCCCCAGAGACAUCAUUUGUUGUGUCUCUGGGUUUUCUUCCUUUUCUUCUCGGUUUUCCCUCCCUUUUGAGUCGCAGGUAGACUUAUCGUUCCCUGAUACAAUCCUGAAGCGUGUUUAUUCGUUGUAACCAUCACCAUCCAUCAACAUGAGGGGCCUCGUCGCUCUCUCCCUAGCAUAUGCUGCUGCUGCAGCGCCCUCGUUUAGCUACGAGACCAUCCACGAUGGUGCCGCUCCCAUCAUUUCCUCCUCCACUGCCGAGGAGGUCCCCAACUCAUACAUCGUUAAGUUCAAGAGCCACGUUUCUGAAUCUUCAGCUUCGGAUCAUCAUUCGUGGGUCCAGAAGAUUCACGGCGAUCGGGAAGAUGAGCGAUUAGAGCUUCGAAAGCGUGGUCAGUUGCCCAUGUUUGGUGAUGCUUUUGAUUCAUUCAAGGGUCUUAAGCAUACCCUAAAGAUCGGCAGCGAGUUCCUUGGCUACGCCGGUCACUUCGAUGAUGGUGUCAUCGAAGAGGUCCGAAGACACCCUGACGUCGAGUUCAUCGAGAAGGACUCCAUCGUCCACGCUCUUGCAGAAGACGAGCCGGAUCUCGAAAAGAACGCCCCGUGGGGAUUGGCCCGAAUCUCUCACCGUAAGCAACUCUCUUUCGGCACAUACAACAAGUACCUCUAUGCCGCUGAGGGCGGUGAGGGUGUUGACGUCUAUGUCAUUGACACCGGCUGCAACACUGAGCACGUUGACUUUGAGGGACGUGCAUCAUGGGGCAAGACCAUUCCUACUGGUGAUGAGGACGUUGAUGGUAACGGCCACGGUACCCACUGCUCUGGCACCAUUGCUGGUAAGAAGUAUGGCGUUGCCAAGAAGGCAAAUGUGUACGCCGUCAAGGUUCUUCGAUCUAACGGAUCCGGCUCUAUGUCGGAUGUCAUGAAGGGUGUCGAGUGGGCUGCUGAGGCGCACAUCGCCCAGGUUGCUAAGGCCAAGAAGGGCUCGCGCAAGGGCUUCAAGGGAUCUACUGCCAACAUGUCUCUGGGUGGAGGUAAAUCUCCUUCUUUGGACCAGGCCGUGAACGCUGCUGUUUCAGCUGGUCUCCACUUCGCUGUGGCUGCCGGCAAUGACAAUGCCGAUGCUUGCAAGUACUCUCCCGCCGCCGCCGCCAAGGCCAUCACUGUUGGUGCCAGUGCUCUCGAUGAUAGCCGUGCCUACUUCUCCAACUGGGGCAAGUGUGUCGACAUCUUCGGACCUGGUCUCUCUAUUCAGUCCACUUGGAUCGGCAGCAAGACCGCUAUCAACACCAUCUCUGGCACAUCCAUGGCUUCUCCUCACAUUUGCGGUUUGACUGCUUAUUUCCUCUCCCUCCAGCCCAGCAAGGAGUCCGAGUAUGGUUUGGCUGAGAUCACCCCGGAGAAGCUGAAGUCCAACAUGAUCACCAUCGCCACCAAGGGUGCUCUCUCCGACAUUCCCGCUGACACCCCCAACCUGCUUGCCUGGAACGGUGGUGGUUUCUCCAACUACAGCGAUAUUGUCGCUCAAGGUGGCUAUGAGGCUGAGAAGUCUGAGAAGGCCGCUCACAAGUCUAUCACUAUCGAGGAGCUCGAGAAGGCUAUCGAGCAUGACUUCAACGUUGUCUCUGGCACUGUUGUCAAGGGUGUCUCGUCCCUCUCCGGCGAAGCCGAGAAGCUUUCUAGCAAGAUCCACGAGGUCGUCGAGGAGGAGCUCCGAGAGUUCUUCCAUGAGUUGCGUCAGUAAGACAAUGUAGAAAUGGGGUCCUAGCUAGCUGUAAUUUAGAUGCUGGGGUAUUGGGUGGCUGAUAAGCUUCCUGCGGAGCAUAGAUUGUUACGGAGCGGUGUUUCUUGGGCAUUCGGCCAACCUGGCUUCUCUAUACUGUACACGCUGAAAUGGUUAUAUCUUUGUAGCAUUGUAACGUCUUAUCCGGUCUGUCUAGCCAAGACCCAACUAUCAAAUUUUCAUUGACGUAAACUAUCAAAUUUUCAUUGACGUAAACUA